UUUAUUGAAGUAAAAUCUCUUGUACCAUACAACCAUACACAAAGUACACAUCAUGGGGUGUAUAGAAAAAAAAGUCAGCAGUUUCAGACCAGGAUUAGCACAUAUAAAGAUUCUAUAAUAAUUUUCUCAGCGUUUAGAUUUAUAGAAAAAUGAAUGUACUGUUUGAAAACCAAGACGACUUAACUCAUUAGUAUUUUUGAAUUUAUUACAUUUAUGCACAAAAGUAUCUUAGAUCUGGGCAUUAUUCUAAUCAUUCCAGUUAAUUCAAUAGGGAUCUGGGGCUUCCAUUUCCACAUUAUACAAAUUUUAAAACUGUGUGUAUUUUUGCCUUCCAUGAUCUGCAUGAUCUCAAGCUCCAUGCAGGUAGAAGGCAAAUAGAUGAAGGAAAACUACAAAACUUCCAGCCAAAGUCUGCGGUGCAUCCUGGGAAAUGAACUAACAUGGGUACGUGAAGCCAUGCAGGGCUUGCACGGCUCUCCAUGACGGGAGAUGAACCAAAAUUAAACAAAUCAACCCAGAAGGUAAAAGGCACACUUUUAUCCAGGGUAUAGCACGGCUUCACGGCGGUUUUGCGGACCGUGCAUUGCGCUGACCAGAUUCAACUGGUCGGUCGGUGGGUCGGACCCGGGGCUGCUACGAUGUGUGUCCCCUGCUCCACGAAGCUCCGUCGGGGAAGUGAAUCUUUGACCGGAUGAUGGACAGGAACUACCCGACCUCCAGCUUUGCGGACGCGCUGGCUCCACCAGCACAGACCGUAGCUUCUUGGGCCUAUGACCGCAGCACAGCUAGUAUCAAGCCAAGUCCCAGUUAUGGUGCAGCACACCUUGAUGCAGAGCUCCUCCAGCGGCAGAGCUACACUUCCACACACCAGCUGCCCACCUACACUACAUCACACCUUCCUGCUGCAGCAGGAGCACUUGACACAAGCAGUAAUACUUCUGAGACCUCAAUCAUGAGCUUCCUGUCAGCCAUGGAGUCGAGAAGCCUUCAGGCUGGUCCUGUUAGUGCCUCACUGCUUCCUCCUUUUAGACCUCCAUCAUGGCCUGCUGGUACCAACUCCUCCACCACAGAGCUGUAUUUGACUGGUGCCCUGCCUUCUACUGCCACUUUCCCCUCUCCUGCUGCUCUGUCAUCUUAUCAGCACACUGGUGCCUACCCUUCCAGGAGUUACUCUACCAACCCUUCCCUGGCUCUCCAGGACCCUGCCUUCAGCACUUCCACUAAUGGCCUGUUCUCUCACCAUGACCCCCUCCUCCAUCUCAAAUCAAGCCAGACUGUGCUUCCCACUGCCCUGGCCUUCAACCAUCUCUCUGCCCCCGGUUUGGGCUCGGCUCUGCCUGUCCAGUCCUCCACAUACCGCUCAGCCCAGGAGUCAGCCCCCCACCUCCUACAGCCACAGUUCAGCCUUCUACCAUCUGCCCUGUCUGCUCCUCAUAGUGCCCCGCAAACAUAUGGGGCCACAGUUUUCUCAGGCUCUAUUGAGAGAGCACUUCAGCGCGAAUGUAGUGUGAUCAAACACCACCAGAGGCCUUCCAGCAGCCACACGGCCUCAGAGCAAUUGCCCAAUUCAGAGCACUCGUUACAGGGGUACUUUGGUUCUGGCAGUGAACCGGAUGUGACCUACCAGCAGGACCCAUCCCGUCAGACCUCUGCGUCCUGCAGCCCUUCCACAGGAGCAGAUUCCUCUCAAGGGGUCAAUGGUGCCCCACAACCCAAAACAGACUCAGUAACUCAAGCUUAUUCGUCCACUUCAGUGCCGAAGGCUAAAGACUGCUCUUCCAAACUAGCUCCACACCCUGCUGGGGGCGAAGAGAGUCACAGCCACUCUCAGAACCUGACAGCAGGGUCUCCUGAGCGUUAUUCCUCUCCAGGGCAGAAGCAGAACUCUGUGAUUGCCAAUCAGCAGUCAGUGCAACUGUCCAGCCUCAUGUCCAGCAGUCUGUCUCAAACCUAUAUCACGCCCCAUACCCAGUCACAGCCCUCCCAUUCCACCUCAGACAAACUGUCCUCCCUUUACAAGACUCUGCCUUCCCUCUCCAGUCCAUCUGGCAAUGUGUCAUCUGUGAGUCAGACUCUUGUUUACUCCUCCAGUCCUGGCCUGAGCCAGGAGCAGGAGGUCCAGUAUGGAGCCCAAGUCCAGGGCUUGUGUCAGGGGAAUCUCUCUGAGAGCUACCCCUCAUCCCAUUCUCAGGGUGCCCCAAAUGUGAUUUAUACAUCUCAGUCACAGGGGCAAGCUUCAGUGACUCAGUCUCAGAGCUAUGCCACAGGACAAUCCCUUAACCAAUCCCUUAACUCCUCUUACCCACCCACAUGUGUGCGGAGUCUGCCCACAUCAAAUUCUACACAGGACUACACCCUGAUGCAGGGCUCAGUGGGAGGUAAAACACAUGACACCUUGUCCCAACAGCAGACACAGUCCCAUAAAUAUGUUUUGUCUGCACCAUUGCCUACCUACUCUUCAACUGCUCAAGCCUUAGAAAAUAACAUCAGAUCCUCAGUACAGGACAUAAAGCCAACAUAUGGCAAACAGAAACUUGAAGAGCUUCCUAUCCAGGACCUACAGGCUCUCCAACAGGCAUCCAUGGAGGCCUCUGCUGCAGAUGGCACUAUGGCUGCUCACAACAAUGUCAUCUAUGUUGUUUCAAAAAUGGAUGACCACCACAAAACACAAAGCGUCAUCAGAAGCAAUUCACGUUCUGAUGACCAGCUUAUGGGACUUAGUCAUACAAACACAGCACAGGUUAAGGAUGAAGGGAUGGGCUCUCUGAGCCAACAGCACACUCACCUAAGCAGUGCCAACGGUCAGGAAAAUGCUAACACAAAAACUACAAACUCCAGUAUUAUAUCUUCACAUGUACUCCUGAGCUCAGAACAGCUCAAGCAGCACCCUCUUCAAAUCAAAUCUCCUGAACCACAUCAACAAAACCACCAGAACCAUAGUCAGUCCCAGAGUCAGACCCCAGCAGCCCACACCCAGUUUAUCACCGUCCCUAGCACUCAGGUUCUCCUUGAACCCAACCAGAUGAUUCUGCUCCAACAGCCCCUUGUCCCCCAUGGUCAAACUCCUUCAAAGUUGGUGUCAGUGCAAGGUAUCCAACAAGGCCAAGGUUUGGGCCCCGUUCAUGUCCAGUAUCUUCACAUGGAUCGAGAACUGCUGGGUCCUGGUGUCAGUGAAACCCAGAGUCAGCAGGCCACAGUAGUGUCUGAACAGAGCUCAGGAUGCCCUGAUUCCUCAAAACACCACUACAGCCAGUCGGCAAAUCAACAGUCAAAUGAUGCUAAGAACCACUUUGCUCUCAACUCUAUUUGCUUCCCCGACUCUAUGCUGCUUGCAGAUGACAGAAACAUUUUAUCAAAUGUUGAUGACAUCCUGGCUGCCACAGUAGCUGCCUGUGGCGUCACACCACAAGACUUUGUCAAAGCUACAUCCUCUACUGAGGCUGAAAUGGCAGUGAUGGCAAGCCCCGUUGAUUCUAAGGGUCACUUUCAGACUGUGGAUAUACGGCACAUGUCACCUAGUUUCUCCACAGCACAACAGCCAAUCAUCACAAACACUAACUCGCACACAAUGAGCAUGACACUAAAUGGAGCUCAGAUUGCCACAGACUGUCAGGGACAGUCGGUUCACCACAACAACGGUUCUGAUCUUGACACGAAUGGAGAUGGUGGGAGCUCUGAAAAUGACUAUCACUUAGCCGGACGGGUGUAUGACCCCUCAGGCCUUCAGAACAGACACAAAGGGAAUGCAAAGUGUAUUAAAACAGAGGAUGGUCUCAUGGAAUGCCCAGGCAUUGAGGACUUUCCCAAAAAGAAGGUUCGCUCAAAGUCCUUGACCAAGUCAGGUGGUCCUGAGGAGGAUAGUGGACAGGCAAAACCAGCCAAGCGCAGUGGGCAGGCAAAGCGGCAAAACUCCAGGGGUAGUGACGUCAGCUCACCAUCUUCCUCACACGGUGGAUAUGAUGGUUGUCCACAGCAGGAGAGAAUCAGACAGAAGAUCCGUGAAGUGGAAGAGAAACAACCAGAGGUCAAAACUGGUUUUAUUGGCUCCUUCCUAGACUUUAUCAAAUCUGGCCCCAAACAACAGUAUGCUCCAAGUCCUACACGGACUAUAAGUCGCCCCAGAAAGCCCUGCACCUCAUCCAAACCACAGCUGUGUACUUUGCCUGCUUUACCUCCCAAACUUCAAACUCUGCCAGGUUCUUUGAUUCCCCAGGAGAGUCAAGUAGCAAGCUCUCAGCAGAAACGUCUGGAUGAAGAUCUGCAAAAGAACUUGGAGACGCUGCCAUCAUUCAGCUCGGAUGAAGAGGAGAACACUGGGAAGAACCAGGCUCUGAGGAACAGCAUCAGCUCAGCACUCUCUGCUCUGGAUGAAUCUUCAGAUCGGAAGCCCAGAACAGAUAACCAAAUCCCUAGUCUGAUGAUAAAACCAGACCAACCUCCCACUGUGACACUCACUAUCACCGAGACGUGUUUGCCACAGGUAGCCACUCCUGCACAGACAACAAACACCAUAUCAGGAGGAGCUGUGUUUGUGGCCAAAGAGGAGUCCAAAGAGACCCCACCAAGCCAGUUGGCUGUGCAGUUGAUGAGUGUGGCCAUCGAGGGACUGACUGACGAAGAGCUGUCAGACAGUGGAGGGGAGGGAAUGUACCGGGAGAGAGACGAGUUUGUUGUGAGGAACGAGGACAUCGAGACAUUGAAGGUGACAAUGAGAUCCGGGAGUGAGCCUCCAGCCAUCUGGAAAGUCCAGAAAGCUCUGCUGCAGAAAUUUGUGCCUGAGCUGAGAGACGGAAAGCGAGUCUUCUCAGCCACUAACAGUUAUCUUGGAUACUUUGGUGAUGCCAAGACCAUGUACCAGAGGGUAUAUGUGAAGUUUUUGGACACGGUUAACAAAAGGGAGUAUGUACGAGUUUGUAGUCGGAAGCCACGCUGCAAGCCUAUGAACUCGCUAAGGGGUGUUCAGGUGAAAACUUUGCUGGGCUUGACAGCCGCCCCUUCGUCAGUCUCCCAAAACCAGAAACCUCGACCCAAACAAGCCAAGCCAAGGGCAGAGCCCCCUCCUAAGAAGAGGAGGAAAUGGAAGGAGUUUUCACCUACUGCCUCAGGAUCAUCUGCAGAAGAAGGUGGUGAAGAUGACGAGUUAAACCCUCCAGUGCCAUUUGCUUCACGGUUCCUCAACACGAGAACUAUGAAGGAGACAUUCAAGAGCUUUGUAGAACUGCUCAUCAGCGUUGCUUUAGACGAAGAUGUGAUGACAGCACUUGAGAGGGCAAACGAUGAGUUGCUGCUUCCACAUAUGAAAAGAGUGGAUGGGAUGAUCACUGACAACAGGAAACGUUUGCUUCACAAACUGCACAUUGGGCAGGUCUUAAAGACGGCCUUAGACAGUUUCCCAGAGAUCUCAGUGGUCACUGAGCUGAAGAAAGAUGGGGAAACCCCGGCCUUUAAAGUGCGACUCAGUGGGAAGGCCUACAAUAAGAAGACCAUGAAGCCCUACAAGAUGCCUAACAAAGUACCACAGGAGUAUACAGUGGACCAGCAGAAAACUCAGUGGUUUUCUCUGUACCACUCUUUACAGCAUUACAAGUACCACACAUACCUCAUGUGUAAGGAUGAGAUAGCGUCUCUCCGGGUGCAGGCCGGGGACCUGGGGCAGGAGGAGACUGUACAGAAGUGUCUGCAGAAUGGAGCUUGGGUAGAGGGUCUCUUUGAUCGCUUUGGGGAGCUAAUAAAUCAAGUGCAGCAGGCCUGCGGAUGAUCCAGCCUUGACAGGCUCGGUUUUAAAACAUCUGAGUCUAACACCUAAAACAAAAGGAUGACCCCAGCAUGAAAUGGCAGCAAAGAAGGAUGGAGUGAGGCUCUCCUUCCAGCCACAGAGAGAUUUGAUUCAGGGACCUGUCAGCUGACUUGAAUGAGAGACUUUCAGGGGCUGUGGCCUAAAAAGCAGCAGAAGCAGGUGAACGGGGACAGCAGUCAAGUUUAUAGUCUGCAUCACUGCGUUUCAGCAGAAAGCAGUAACGUGAU